CCAGACUGUGACUCCUUUACGGUCGCGCGCCUCCCCGUCCUCUCGUGCACAGGCGAAGAACAUGGAGACAGCUGGAAAAGUGAUCAAGUGCAAGGCUGCUGUUGCCUGGGAACCCGGGAAGCCUCUUUCCAUUGAAGAGGUGGAGGUUGCACCACCUCAUGCCAAUGAAGUCCGUAUCAAGCUUUUUGCCACUGGAGUGUGUCACACAGAUGCCUACACUCUGAGUGGCAGUGACCCUGAGGGACUUUUUCCUGUCAUCUUGGGCCAUGAAGGUGCUGGGACUGUUGAGAGUGUUGGUGAGGGUGUCACCAAAUUCAAGCCAGGUGAUACUGUGAUUCCCUUGUAUGUGCCACAGUGUGGCGAAUGCAAAUUCUGCAAAAAUCCCAAGACCAACCUUUGCCAGAAAAUAAGGGUGACCCAGGGCCAGGGUUUGCUCCCUGACAAGACCUCACGCUUCACUUGCAAGGGAAAGCAAGUGUUUCACUUCAUGGGCACCAGCACCUUCUCCGAGUACACCGUGGUGGCCGAUAUCUCUCUGGCCAAGGUGAGCGAGAGCGCACCACUGGACAAAGUGUGCCUUCUUGGAUGUGGCAUUUCUACAGGGUACGGUGCUGCGCUUAACACUGCCAAGGUUGAGCCUGGUUCCACGUGUGCCGUGUUUGGCCUUGGAGCCGUCGGCUUGGCCGUUAUAAUGGGCUGCAAGGUUGCUGGGGCAACCAGGAUCAUUGGCGUGGACAUCAAUCCUUCCAAGUUUGAGAAAGCAAAGGAGUUUGGUGCCACCGAGUUUGUGAACCCCAAAGACCACAGCAAGCCCAUCCAGGAGGUUCUGGUGGAGAUGACUGACGGAGGCGUGGACUAUUCCUUUGAGUGCAUUGGAAAUGUGCAAAUUAUGAGAGCCGCUCUGGAGGCGUGCCACAAAGGAUGGGGUGAAAGUGUCAUCAUUGGUGUAGCCGGAGCUGGACAAGAGAUCUCGACCAGACCAUUCCAGCUGGUGACGGGCCGAGUGUGGAGGGGGACAGCCUUUGGUGGCUGGAAGAGUGUGGAGAGUGUUCCCAAACUGGUGGACGACUACAUGAACAAGAAGCUGAAGGUGGAUGAGUUUGUUACCCACACUUUGCCCUUUGAGCAAAUCAAUGAGGGAUUUGACCUCAUGCAUGCAGGAAAGAGUAUCCGCACAGUGCUGACCUUUUGAAGUGCCCACAGCAUUGACGUCCUUCAUAUCCAGCCUUCAAACAAUCUCCUUCCUUAGUUGCAGCACUUGAUGCUUUUCUCUGCACUUGUUCGAAACAUAACAUUUCGUAUUGGAACAUCUUUUCUAUGAACAGCAGAAUACCUGUUUAGAACAAAAAUAGUGGUAUUAAACUUUUUGUGGGAAAAUGAA